AUGAUUACCCCGAUACUGAAGAUGCAGGUACAGAUUCGCUGCUUUUCACAAUUGCUCAUUCAAUCAGGCGGAAGCCUCCUCCCUGCGUUGCCAUCUCGUUACUGUGGAUCAAGACAUCGCGCGGAAAUCAAUCAACCCCUCACCCACGUCAACCCCGCUUCCAAUACCCAUCCUUGUCUCGGCGGCAAAGACAGAGAUAUCGCUAAGAUCAUUGGCAAUGUCCUCGCCGCCUAUGGCUUCCCCAUGAACGGCAUCCUCACAAUGCAACCUUAUUCAUUGCAGGCUUUGCUCGUUGGUGACGGCUAUAGCAACGCCAAAGUGGCUGAUGCACAGGCCCCCUUUCAUGAGUAUGCGCAAGAGGUGAGCAUAUUUAAUGGUACUGUCGUUGUUGUGCGCCAGGGCGUGGUGAGGACAGAUGGCGUGACGAUGUUGGUCAUUGGCGAGCUGAAAGCUCAUUUCCAGGGGCACACUGCGAGUGAGGGACUUGUUGAUCGAGUGUUCGCGAUUUAG